UAGAUUUGAAAGGCUGCUUUUUCUCUCCCAUAAUCGCCUGCUGUGACGCUGUCUCCCCACAGAGGGAAGAAAACCCUUUCUUUCCUCAUUCCCAUAAAAUUCAAACCAUACUUCCAUUUCCUCUCUCUCUCUCUCUCUCUCUCUCUCUCCAAUCUAUCCACUCUUCAUAAAUCUUACUGUCUCUCAAGUUUCAAUACACGCGCACACACACUCUCUUUCUUUCCUCAAUCCUCCAUCAUCUAGGGUUUACAUUUUUUCAACAAUGCCCCCGGAAUGGAUGCGAGUACCAGCGGUGCAGAUGGCGGUGGCGGAGGAAGCACUAACGGGGCCACGCCGGCGCCGGUACCGAUUCCGAACGCGAACGCGCCGCCGCCGUUCCUGAGCAAGACGUACGACAUGGUGGACGAUCCUUCAACGGACGCAAUCGUGUCGUGGAGCGCUACGAACAACAGCUUUGUGGUUUGGAACCCACCGGAAUUCGCGAGAGACCUUUUGCCGAAAUACUUCAAGCACAACAACUUUUCCAGCUUCGUUAGACAGCUCAACACUUAUGGUUUUAGGAAGGUUGAUCCAGAUCGAUGGGAAUUUGCAAAUGAGGGCUUUUUGAGGGGCCAAAAGCACUUGCUUAGGAAUAUAACACGAAGAAAACCUGCCCAUGGUCAUAAUCAUCAACAAUCUCAGCAAUCACAUGUACAAAAUUCAUCAGUAGGGGCGUGCGUAGAAGUUGGCAAGUUUGGGCUCGAGGAAGAGGUUGAGAGGCUUAAAAGAGACAAAAAUGUGCUCAUGCAGGAACUUGUCAGGCUGAAGCAGCAACAACAGACCACUGAUGGCCAACUGCAAACAAUGGUUCAACGCCUUCAGGGCAUGGAGCAAAGACAACAACAAAUGAUGUCAUUCCUUGCUAAAGCCGUACAGAGCCCUGGCUUCUUUGCGCAGUUCGUACAACAGCAAAAUGAGAAUAAUAGGCGUAUAAGUGAAGUCAACAAAAAGCGCCGGCUCAAGCAAGAAGGUAUUGCUGAAACUGACUGUGCUGCUGCUCCUGAUGGGCAAAUUGUUAAGUAUCAACCUCUGAUUAACGAUUCAGCAAAAGCAAUGCUAAGACAGAUCAUGAAAUGGGAUACUUCUCGAGCAGAAUCUUUUAGUAACAACCCUGAUAAUUACCUGAUUGGUGAUGGUUCGUCAUCCUCAUCUGGUGCGAUGGACAGUGGCAGCUCCUCAAGCUGGACCUCUGGAGUAACACUUCAGGAGGUCCCGCCAACUUCAGUGCAGUCUUCUCAUGUUCCAAUUACUCUGGGGGCUCCAGGGCAUGUUCCCUCAGCUUCCAAACCUGAAAUUCAAUCUUUACCACAGGCUGGAGCUCCUGAAAAGGUUACAAGGGUUGGAGCAUCUGACAUACCUUCUAUCCAUGUUCCUCAAGCAGAUGUCAUCAUGCCUGAUCUUGCACCAAUAGAUGAAAUAGAGUCUGGAAGUAUGCUUGGUAUUCCGGAAGAUAAUUAUAUGGCUCCUGAAGCUGGUGAUGAGGGAUUUAUGGAUCCUGAUUCAUUGGGGGUUAGUGGAUCAUUUCCCAUUGAUUUCGAAGGAAUUUCACCUGAUGCGGACCUUGAUGACUUCUUAGGAAAUCCAUCUAUUUGGGAUGAGCUUUUGCAAACCCCAGUGCAAGAGGAUACUGAGACUGAUAUUGAAGCUUCCAAAGUUAAUGAGGUGCAACCAGCCGAAAAUGGUUGGGAUAAAACUCAACAUUUGGAUCAACUUACAAAGCAGAUGGGUCAUCUUUCUUCUGAAGCAAAAUAGAGCGCUUGAUUACCUGUAAAAUUUGAUUGAACUUUCAUGUUGCCUAAGGAAAUAUGUGAUGCUUGAAUACCAGUGAAUCGCAUAAAAGUUCUUCUCCCAUUUUAAGUUUCAAUUUGAGGGGGGGAAUGAGAAAAACAGAGAAGACAUUGUUACUGAUUGUUGAAGGUAUCUGAAAAGUCCAAAUUGAUUCUUGACGGUUACCAUGUCAACCUAGGGCCUGUUUAAUUCUCAGUCUUGUUAUGAUUUCUCGAGGUGUGCUUGUGUAAAAAGUGGAAAUGAAAGAGGUGAGGGGAGAUUGAAAAUCAUUAAUGUAAUUUAGAUACACCAUUCUCCAAUGACAUUGCUAUCUUUUCUUUUUCUUCUUUU